UAGAAAAAGACCGCCAAUCAGUAGUAACAGUAAUGUUAGGUAGGUCUCAACUGACCCAAACCGAUAAACGUCAGGGGCCUGAGGGGCCGUAUCUUUUGCGCAUGCGUAUUACGCGAUGUACUGAUUGUAGGUACGUAUAGUAGAAGCGCAUAGUUUGUUUUGCAACGGUAAUUGUCGUAAUAAUUUUUAACAAAAUAUGAGCGAGGGAGAAAACAAGAGCGCUCUGUUAAAAUCUAAAUACAAACAUUCUAAUCAGUCGUAUCCCACGGAUAUUUGUAACGAAGAUGAUCAUGACUGGUGGGCAAGCGACAGCGGUUCCAGCACGGGAUCAUAUUAUUCGGAUACCGAUAGUUCUAUAGUGGAAUGGGAAUCGGAAGUUGGGCCCAAUGGAGAAGUAUUUUACAUAGAAUCCGUGGAAGAGAGUUUGUACGAGAAUUCUACAGCUUUGGAUGACAAAAGUGACAGUCCCCAGUCUGAAUUGAUACGUCGCCGUAGCACCAGAACUGGCAAACUAUUUCGUCUCAUCAGACGUAAAGAAAGUAAGCGAUGGAGCACCAGAAAUAAAAGAAUAAACAACACCGUAACAAACAACGCUCUUGUUCAGGAGAAAGCAAACAGAAGCGAAAACAAAGAAGUUACAUUUCGAGAGUUUCAGACGGGAGAAGUUCGACAAGUUACAUUGUGGGUUGAUCCUGAAAAAAGACACAAGUUGGGUAGAAGAGCAACUUUGUGCGAGGCAUACUUUGGUAUUAUACCGGGAACGUUCUCAGACACAUUAAGGGUCAUGGUUGCAGGAUUCAUACCGGAUGGCGAAGCUAUGAAGAAUAAAAACAUAAAAAUUGGCGAUUGGUUACGGAAUAUUGAUUCAAAUGCUGUCACUUCUCAAAAUUUAGAUCAGAUAUUGUCUGAAAUUACCACACCUUCAACUGUAACAUUAGAAUUGCAAAGAGUAGCUAACGUCGAUGUUACCGAAAAGUUAUCAAAAAUUAAUGAACCAAAACAAUCGAUGUUAGCUCAAUACUUAAUAAAUAGAGACAAUAGUAAUUCUUUUAUGGAAUCCUUUUUGGAUUAUCUGUUAGGCGUAAUAUAUUUAAAGACCGCGGACCUUUCGGAAAUGGAACAAGAAUUGCAAGGUGUGCUGUACACAUUUCCGCGAUCCGAGUCUAAAAGCGUGUAUUCCUUUUUGUGUACUGCAAGAGGAGCUUUUAUAACGCUCAAUCACUUGUUACCGAGUGUAACAGGCUUGCAACCUGUUAGUACAACCGUUCGAACAGGUGAAGAAGAAGCUCAUAUCAUAUAUACAUUUCACGAUGACGAAUUGCUCUUAAUAGCUUUACCUAACAAAUGCUGCAAUUCUCAGGAAGCCGUCAAAAUCACAGAAGAUAUUGUCAGGACAUUGGAAUUUAUUUUUCAGUCGCUGACAAAAUGUUUUACAUCGGAGAAUCGGAUCUUCUUAGAUCAUUUUUUCACUUUAAUUAUGCACAGAUUAAUAAACGUCAAAGAUUUCUGCAAAGAUAAUGAUGAUGCCAGGCAGAAUCUCGUAAAACCGCAAAAUGAUAUGGAAAAUGUAGAAAAUUAUAAAUUCAGAAGUGCUUUUUCAGUUGCAAAUUUUAUUCAGCUACCGAGAGACGCGCAAAUUCAAAUUGAUGCCGCAUUGAGCGAAAUGGAAGCUAUGGAUUACAGAGAUUGGAAUGAGGAUCCUAUGGAUUGCCAGAGAUUGUAUACGAUAUUGGGAAGCUGUAUCUAUCACAAAUGUUAUCUUCUGGGAUCUCAUUUGCCGCACGACGAUUUGAUUGAUGUACAUUCAUUUUUGAGACACAACGGUCUUCUAAAUUUGGUAAAUCAGGAGCAAGUAAAGUGUCUUGUUUUGUGGAAGCAGGUUUAUCCUUCGUCGUGUAAUCGUGGAAACAAUGAAACUAGUAAUAGUAAUAAUAGUCAAUUAUCAAUACCCAACGGAAAAUGGUUUUUACUAAUUGUCGGAUAUGGACAUGACUUAUUGGCAGUUCUAUUAGAAACUGGCGGAUGUACCGCAACAUAUAAUGACGCAAUAGGUCCGGAUAUAUUUUACGUGGAAGAAGCGCAAGAAACGCUGAAGCAUAUACAAAAAAUAGGAGUCACAACUUUGGCCUCAAAGUGGAUUUUGUCUAAUAUCAGACCGGAAGUAAUAUCGUAUGAGGAACAUACGACGACAAAGUCCUCGUCCAGUAUAACAGAAAAUUUAUUUGGAUUAAUAAAAUCGUCCGAUUCGCCAGUUGUAUCAUCUAAGCAGAGUAUUAAUUCUAAUGUGAAUAAAAAACAAGAAGCGUCUUCUAUUUUGAAAAAACGUAGUUCUGAAGAAAAUCACAUUAUAUCGGGUUCCGUAUAUUCUCUACAAACGUCCGAAGAUUCGCUAAGCCAAGGAACGGGCGGUGUGAGUGAAGUGAGCGACGAAGCAAUGCCUAUACUUGGAAGAAGAGCAACUAGAGAUAAAGUCAGUUCAGCUUCAAGAUAUUCGGACGACAGUGAUUCGGAUAUUGAUGUGUACAAGAAUGACAGUCACGUACUCGCAACGGAUAUAUCUAAUAUACGAGAGCGCUUGUUGAACCAAGCUGAAUACUUGAUAGCGAAGAAAUUAACUGCGGGCAAUAAAAAUUACUUAUAUCACUAUGUUCAUCUGGACACGGUGGAGGGUAUUCUACUGUCGUCGAUACCUAUUCAAAAUACACCGAAGGAUAACAAAAUUCUUAUGAAUUUCAAUAAAUGUGUAUAUAUUAUCCACAGAUUGUUACAUAACACAAUAAGAUUUAAAAAGAUGUUAAAUCAAGACAUAGACAAAACUAUCAACAGAAGUUUAAUCGCUGUUAAGGAGCAUGGUGUAUUGUUUGAAUGGGAAAAUACAUCUUUCUGGGUAAUUGGACGCCUCUAUACGAAUCCCCAUCCCAAGGAAUUAUAUGUGUGCCAUCAAGACUCUGCGCCUCAAAAUUUGAUCGAAAUAGCUUUUCAAUUGCACUCGUAGUGUGUGCGCGCGUGUGUAACUU